AUGAUUAUAUUCAAAAUCAGGCCAUAUAUAUAUUUGAUGGAAUUGCGAAAAAGCUCCUGGAAGAUCGUGAUUCUCGUGUGCGCGUUGGUCAUCUACUUGUGGAUGCUCUUCGUUGAUCAUUCGCACGUAUUAGCCGACAUAUCGCAGAAGAUCACACUGCAGAGAACGAAAAUCCCCUCAAGGAGUGUAGUCUUGUACCAAGGUUCCGAUAGAUCUAGGAUCGAAGAGGUGCCUCCGGAUGGCCGGACGGAUUCGAAAAAAUCGCAAUCUCUCUCACCUCGAAACGUGAACGGUACGUUCGAGGGAGGUAUAUCGGAGUAUCAGACACUUAAGCAACAGGGCCUGGUACCAAGCCGGCAAUUACCGACCGCUCUGAUAAUCGGCGUGAAGAAAGGCGGAACGAGAGCCCUUUUAGAGUUCCUGAGAUUACAUCCCGCGAUUCGCGCCGCCGGCUCCGAAGUUCAUUUCUUCGAUCAUCACUACGUUAAAGGAUUUCGUUGGUACAGACGCAGGAUGCCUCCAACUCUGAUCGGUCAGAUCACCAUGGAGAAGACGCCAUCGUAUUUCGUGACAAGCGAGGUGCCGAAAAGGGUGAAGCACAUGAACCCAGGGAUAAAGCUAAUCGUCGUGGUGAGGGAUCCCGUGACCCGAGCAAUUUCCGAUUAUACGCAAGUGAAGAGCAAGCGUCGCAAGAUGCCACGCUUCGAAGACUUGGCCUUCCUGAAUGGAUCGAAGAUCGUGGAUACCUCCUGGAUGCCUCUGAAGAUUGGAGUCUACGUGCGGCACCUGGAACGGUGGUUGCAGUAUUUCUCGCUGUCGCAGUUUUUAUUCGUAUCUGGCGAACGUCUGAUCGCCGACCCGGUGACGGAGGUCACCCGGGUGCAGGACUUCCUGAGUCUGAAGCGGGUGAUAUGCGAGAAGCACUUCUAUUUCAACGCCACCAAGGGCUUCCCCUGCUUGCUGAAGUCGGAGGAUCGUGCAACGCCGCACUGUCUCGGAAAAAAUAAGGGUCGCAGUCAUCCCUACAUUGAUCCCAUGGCAAUUCAGCGUCUUCGAGAUUUUUAUCGGCCAUUCAAUCAGCGAUUUUAUCAAUUGGCGGGUAUGGAUUUCGGCUGGUAUUAA